AUGGCCAAUUCUCCCCACGGUGGUGUCCUCAAGGACUUGCUCGCCCGUGAUGCUCCCCGCCACGAGCAGCUCAGCACCGAGGCUGAGACUCUCCCCGCUGUUGUCCUCACUGAGCGUCAGCUGUGUGAUUUGGAACUCAUCAUGAACGGUGGUUUCUCACCUCUGGAGGGUUUCAUGAACCAGGCUGAUUACAACGGUGUCGUUGAGAACAACCGCCUUGCCGAUGGCAAUGUCUUCUCCAUGCCCAUCACCCUCGACAUUACCCAGCAGGAAAUCGAUGCUCUGAAGCUGCAGGCCGGUGCUCGCAUCACCCUGCGUGACUUCCGUGACGACCGCAACCUGGCCAUCCUGACCAUUGACGACAUCUACCGCCCCGACAAGACUAAGGAGGCCGAGCUUGUCUUCGGUGGAGAUCCCGAGCACCCUGCUAUCAAGUACCUGAACGAGACCGUCCAGGAGUUCUACAUUGGUGGAAAGAUUGAGGCUGUCAACAAGCUGAACCACUACGACUAUGUUGCUCUGCGCUACACCCCCGCUGAGCUCCGCGUUCACUUCGACAAGCUGGGCUGGUCCCGCGUCGUCGCUUUCCAGACUCGUAACCCCAUGCACCGUGCUCACCGUGAACUGACCGUCCGCGCGGCUCGCUCUCGCCAAGCCAACGUCCUGAUCCACCCCGUCGUCGGUCUCACCAAGCCCGGUGACAUUGACCACUUCACCCGUGUCCGCGCCUAUGAGGCCCUCCUGCCCCGCUACCCCAACGGCAUGGCCGUCCUGGGUCUGCUCGGCCUUGCCAUGCGUAUGGGUGGUCCCCGCGAGGCCAUCUGGCACGCUAUCAUCCGUAAGAACCACGGUGCCACUCACUUCAUCGUUGGCCGUGACCACGCCGGUCCCGGCUCCAACUCCAAGGGCCAGGACUUCUACGGCCCCUACGACGCCCAGCACGCCGUUGAGAAGUACAAGGACGAGCUCGGCAUCGAGGUUGUCGAGUUCCAGAUGGUCACCUACCUCCCCGACACCGACGAGUACCGCCCCGUCGACCAGGUCCCUGCCGGCGUCAAGACCCUGAACAUCUCCGGCACCGAGCUCCGCCGCCGUCUCCGCAGCGGUGCCCACAUCCCCGAGUGGUUCUCCUACCCCGAGGUCGUCAAGAUCCUGCGCGAGUCCAACCCUCCCCGCAACGCCCAGGGUUUCACCAUCUUCCUGACCGGCUACAUGAACUCCGGCAAGGACGCCAUCGCCCGCGCCCUGCAGGUCACCCUCAACCAGCAAGGCGGCCGCUCCGUCUCCCUCCUCCUCGGCGACACCGUCCGCCACGAGCUCUCCUCCGAGCUGGGCUUCACCCGCGAAGACCGCCACACCAACGUGCAGCGCAUCGCCUUCGUUGCCUCGGAGCUGACCCGCUCCGGCGCCGCCGUCAUCGCCGCCCCCAUCGCCCCUUACGAGGCUUCCCGCAAGUACGCCCGUGACGCCGUCUCCCAGUCCGGCUCUUUCUUCCUCGUCCACGUCAACACUCCCCUCGAGUACUGCGAGAAGACCGACAAGCGCGGUAUCUACGAGCGUGCGCGCCGCGGCGAGAUCAAGGGCUUCACUGGUGUCGAUGACCCCUAUGAGGCUCCCGCCAAGGCUGACCUGGUCGUUGAUGCGUCUAAGCAGAGCGUUCGCUCUAUCGUUCACGAGAUUAUCCUUGUGCUUGAGAGCGAGGGUUUCUUUGACAAGUCCCAGUAA